CGCGGGAGAGGGCCGACCAUCUGUCAUGGAUGAUGCACCUGGCAGUUGCACGCCUGAUGACGGCAGGUCAGCAGAACAGCCACCAAAUUGGACCGUGCAUGGCAACGCCACGCCGGUGUCACCGCAUGCCGGACAACGCGGUUUGCUGGGAGUAUCCCCUUACUGCAGCCCGAAUGACAUGCGAUCAACAAAGAGGCCUCGUGUUCAGUCUCAUUCGCCUGCGGACGUCGUCACUCCCGGCGUUGCAGUUGUGCAUUCUCCGUUGCCGCCCUUGUUGCCGUCUCCAGCGCACCGUCCAUACACUCCGAUACACCCUUUGUCGGAUUUUGAUGCGUUGUGUUUUUCUAUGCGGUCACCACCAUUGCAACCUCGCCGUUUGCAGUUUCUGUCGUGUGCAGCGCAGCCAUUUCCUCCUCCUCCACUUGUCGUUGGACGCGACGGGUUGGACUCCAUCCCCCUCGAGGGGUGUUCUCAAUCAUCAGCAGCGGUGUUUGGAAGUGGAGGGUCCACACUGCGUGACAGAGGUCGUCGGAGUGCAGAACCGUGGGUCCCACAUUCGUUCGCCGCAUCAGGUCAUGGGCAGGGGGGUGUAUUGGAUGACGUACGUCGUGCCUGUGCCGGGGACACACAUGACCGUAGUUCCGGUCGUCGCUCUCUCGUCUCCCGGUUCGACGGGGAUGACAUCGUGUGUGGUAGCGGAGAUAGGGCCAGACGUUGCGAUCCUGCCGCUCAAAAUCUUGUUGCGGGCCCUUCUGAGCAGUCAGGUGGGUCCUUAGGGCAAUUCGGUUCGAAGUCAACUGGUUCCACGAAGUACUCUCGUUUGUUCCUGACUUCCGCUUGCAAGGAGAGACUGUGCCUUUUACAAUCUACGAUGAAAGAAGUGAGCGAAAAGUCUGGGGUCAUGAGCGAUGUCAUCGACCGACUGUUGCAUUGGUCAUUGCCAGCCAUCCGGUUAGAGUUCGGGGACGGUGUGGCGUCGAGGAUCAAGAGAACACUGACAAUCGUGCUGAGGUGUUCCGUCUCGGAGCAGGAGGGGAUGAUUCGACAGCGGAUGCUGAGGAUGAUGGCGAGUGUGAGGGCGCAGGGAGCGGUGGAGGCAAUGGCGGGUCAUUUUGUGGGUCAGAUGAUUCACUUCCGCGUUCUGGCCAUGGGUCACAGCGUGGCUACAGAUCGCCCGGGCGGCCACCGAGCCGUGGCAGGUCGCGUUCGCAUUUCGAUCAUGUACGACCUUUGUGUUGGGAUUAUUCGAAGGAUGGUGCUCUGCAGAGCGGACCUUGCCAUGAUCGGUCUGCACAUGUGUUGGAAUCGAUGGGCCACUGGGAAGACUUCAGCAGCAGUUGUUCCAUGCGACCGUCACUGCGGGUAUGACAUAUACCGUCCUCAACGACUUCUGCAUUGCGCUUGGGGUGACCCUGUGCACAAACCCACUGUUUACAGUUGCAUGCGCAGUGAGCCGAAUGUGCGUGAGGGUUGGAAUGCAAAGGCUGUCAGGCAGGGCCUGCGGUAUUGCGACUUGGCCAUUGACACGGUUAUGCGAUCAGGGAGACCCGUCACUUUGAUGGUUGACGGUCGCUACGACUCCGCCAGGUCUGCGCAACAUUGCACUGUUACAGCGACUGAGUGUGAUACUCGUCUUGUGGUGGGUGUUCAUACUCUUCGCCCAAAGAAGCAGGGAAAGUCAUCGAACCAACUUGAGGUUCCUGCAGUUGUGCGCCUGUUGAGAGGCUUGUUGUCGAGGGGGUUGCGGAUCCGGUGUGUUGUCUCCGACGAUUGUGCUGCAUUGGGUCCGCAGUUGGAGCGCCUGGGUAUUGAAUGGCAGAAGGAUUGCCAUCAUAAGGUGAAAAACAUUCGCAAGGCACUGAGAAAAACCAUGACACUGAAGGUGCCAAAGAAAUUGAACAACCCUCAACAGUGCGUAUCGGAAUCUCAGUUUAUGCAGUUCACGAAGAAGGAGUUGUUGGAUGCCUUGACGGACCGUUAUGGACCUGGGUGUUUGACGACAAAAGAAGAACGAUUGAAGAAGAGCGGCUUCGUCGUUGUUGUGAUGAGCAAAAUGUACCGGUACGACACUAUGACAAACAACCAAUCCUUGCUCGUGGAUGCAGAUGGUGUGACCGAGUUCCAUAUGCAUGAGGUGGGGCAUUGGUUUCUGCGUGCUUCCCAGCUUUGCAGAGAUGAGGGCGACGACUUUGUCACACUGCACAAUGAUAUCAUGAUGAUCGUCGACCAUUGGGCAGGGGACCACUCCAGGUGCGUUGCGGACAAAGAGCUUCUAUGCUCCAAGGCGGGUGGCCCAUCUCGGCUGCCUCUGUACACCCGCGACGACCCCGUGUAUGACAUCAUUCGCCAGACGUUGGGCAGGCAUUGCAGCACGACCAUUUGUUCGUACUACACGGAGUUCCGUCACACGUCGACGCUUGAGACCUUCCAGGGUACAAUCAUCAUUUACAAGAAGAAGGCCUUGCACUUCGGGAAGUCGUAUGAGCCGCGUUUGGCGAUUGCAGUCAUUCGAUGGAACAGUCAUGCAUGGCAGGAUCCCUUGGAGUAUCGUGUCCUCAGGCCUUCUGGGACUUCGAUUCGUCCAAGGCCGAGCCACUACCAUCACAAUCGGCCACCUACCGAUUCGUGGAUGGAUCGGCUAUCCACGUUCAUCUUCGGUUCGCAAGGCGUUUCUGGUUGGGCUCGACGCCUUCUCGAGUACGACGAUUGUGAUGUCGGGCGAGGUCUGGUCCUCGACACCUUCUCUUCCUCGCGAUAUUUUUUGCAGAGGCGAGGAGACCAUUGGCCGUGACGAGGACGACGUUGAUUCUGGUGCGGAUCCCGACGUUG